AGCAAGCUGGUGUCCAGCCAUCCAGAUUUGAGGACGACUCGGAGUCCUACCAAAUGCGGGUGACACAGCAAGUUAGCUAAGGCGAGUACAUAAAGCCUUGAGCAACCCGCCUUGCCAACAAAUAGACAACUGCGGGCUUAUUCGUUUUUCCAUUCCACCAGCCACCUUUGCCACACAGUUAUUCAAAUCCACCUUACGCUCUCAAGCUCAAUCCGUUCCUCCAUCCACCAUGAAGCUCUCGCUCCUCACCCUCGCCACGGCAAGCGGGCUGGCCUCCGUGUCCGAAGCCUACCGGCUCACCUUUUACCUCGGCGCCGGCUGCCGGAACGCGAACCUGGGAACGUAUUACCCCGUCGUCGACCCGCCCAACCACGUGUGCCGUGGCGUCCCCAUCAAUGCCCAGUCUGUCGCCAUCUCGGCCCAGGAUGCGCCCGACGCGCAGAGCAUCGUCGUCUUCCGGCAGCCGGAGGGAUGUGGCGGCCCGGUCAUUGCCAGUGGCACGGGCGGUUGCAUGAACAUCAACAAUGCCAGGUCGUACCAGAUUCACUAUCGGUAGAUGAGGACUGAAAGGUGAAUUGGGUUCCUGGCAUCGGGCCUGGGCUGAAAGGUCCUCUUUCAUGUAGUUGGUUGGACUAUCCUUCGAGAUAGCAUCAAAUCGCU